UUGCAAAGCUAUCACUUGGCAUCAGGAACAGUAACCAAUGUGGUGGUUAGUUUUGUUGAGCUAUUUUGAAAAAAUAGCUCAUAUGUCAGUGGUGUGAGCGUAUGUAUCUUUGUGGCUUUGUAACUUUGUAUGUUCGGAUGUUUGUUGCAAGAGCCAAUAAGGUUGAAGGUACUAUUAGUUGAUGCUUAGGAACCAAUGAGAUCUUAGCAUCUAGUUAAACAUGACAUUGGUAAAGGUCGAACAAGGGCACUUUGAGACCGCCAUCUUGAUCCUUCACAAUUUUUUCGUCUUUUAUUACGGGUAUAGGUGUUUGGAAGCAUUACAUAAAAUAUCUUCAUGAUUCAAACGCUGUGAACAGUGAUGCAACUGUUUAAGGGUUGAUAUUUAAGUGUGAAUGCUGCUUCGAGGCAUUUCUGACCUAAUUCGGCUAUCGGUACAACGCACGUCAGUGUGAGUUCUGUUUCACCUGCUACAACUGGGUAGAGUAUAAAAGAUCAUAUAUUUUCAAAUCUCUUCCAAUGAAGCAAUAAUUGAUAUUUAGAUAUAGACUUUUAUUCGAAAGUAUGCGCCCUAUAAAAUGUGGUUUUAGAAGUUUAAAAGGCAGCUUAUUUUUUUGAAAGCUGUAUCGAGUAUUGUUAAUCCUGUAAACAAGCUUUAAAAAUAUUAUUCUCUCGCUUACAAAGUUCAACCGACCUUUUUCGUUCUAUUUAGUAAAGAUGCGUAACUUAAGUAGAAACAGUGGCGUUAGGGAAUAAAAUUGGAGGAAGCUAGUUGACACAAUAAUCAUGAUAUAAGUAGAAAUAUAUUUCGGCAGUUUGAUAAUUUUCUUGGAAGUUAAUAAAUGUUAGGCUAUCAACCUUGACCUUGCAUGAAACAUAAUUUAAUUGCAGAUGUUGUAGUAAAGCCGAGGUGAUUUCUUAAAAUCGUUUAAGAAAAUUUUGUAACAUCUUCACAUGCAAAUUGUGUGCAUGAGUUAUUUUUAUAAUUCUGUUUACUAGAUUACUGUGUGAUAACUCGAAUUCCCUCACGUACGAACGACGAAAGGGGGCAAAGUCCGACACUUUCACGUGCCAGCUGUGUGACUGUACAUCACAUGCAGAUUGGCUUUUCACAAUAAUAAUAGUAACUUGGACGUAUGAAGACCUGUUUCAUUUAGUAACCAAUGCCUUAAAAAAGGCUCUUGUCUUUUAGGAAGCAAUAGCUUUUAAAACAUGACGAAAUAAGUUGUCGGAGUUAAAGACCGUUUCACAAAAUUUUGUUAAUAAAUGUUAGGUUAUCAACCUUGACGUUGCAUGAAACAUAAUUUAAUUGCAGAUGUUAUAAUGAAGCCGAGGUGAUUUCUUAAAAUCGUUUGAGAAAAUUUUGUAGUGAAGAAUUUGCCUUUUUUUAACGUACGAAUUGUAAAAGGGCCAAAGACCAACACCUUCACGUGCAAAUUGUGUGCGUGAGUUAUUUUUAUAAUUCUGUUUACUCAGCUAGUUUACUGUGUGAUAACUCGAAUUCCCUCACGUACGAACGACGAAAGGGGGCAAAGUCCAACACUUUCACGAGCCAGCUGUGUGACUGUACAUCUCAUGCAGAUUGGCUUUUCACAAUGAUAAAUAGUAACUUGGACGUAUGAAGACCUGUUUCGUUUUGUAACCAAUGCCUUAAAAAAGGCUCUUGUCUUCUGAGAAGCAAUAGCUUUUAAAACAUGAAGAAAUAAGUUGUCGGAGUUAAAGACUGUUUCACUGAGUAGAAUCGCACGUGAAAACCUCGUGAAUUAUGAUGAUGCAACCAUCUACCACAAUGAUAAAAAUCCUGGUAUUUCGUAACUAUUCAGUAUUCGAUGAGUCACAUUUUGGCUUAAGAAACUCCGAGGAAACCUUAGAGUUUUCCUUCUAAUCAACGUUUGGUGAGUAGAAAUUUAUUUCACUUUAACGAUUUGUUUAACUUGCACCAGAUGUAACAGGGAAAGACAGAGGAAAGUGAAUAUAUAGCUUGAGGAUCGACUCAGCUGAGCGUUUCGCGUUUUCAUUUUGUACCGCAAUACGCAAUUUCGCACAAAAACCUAAUCUACAUUUAGGAUGAAAGAGGUAGAUUGAUCACUCUUGGUAAGGUUACACCGAAGCAUUGAAGUUACACUGAAGCAUUCAAAAUAGCUCAUGCACGUUUAACGUGCCUAUGUUUUCUUUUUGGCCUAAUAGUGACCAGAAAAUGUCUCUGUCAAUUAUUGUUAACUGCCAUUUUUGGGGAAAAUUCCCAGUGGCAAAUGGUUUGACAAUUCAUACAGUGUUCGGCAAGCCAUAAAGUCUUGUGCCAUUUUAUGCCACACAUGAUUAACCAUGGCCAUAUCAAAUCAUAAUAGUAUAGGCUCUGCUGACAUGAAUGAUAAUUGUUUUCUAGGCUUUGUGUUCUUCAUGUUGCAACAUGAAGUUCCUGUUACCAUAUAUGAACAACAAGGAAGGGCGUGUUUGUCAAAUAUGCUGUAACGCUUUGUUGAGAGGUAAGCUAUUUCGCAUGUGAAUAGCAAUAUUAUGUUGUAGAUAGGUGCAUCAUUAAUUAUCUCUUAUCAUCUCUUAUUGGACACCUCUAUAACACGGAAACCUUGCUAAAACCAGACACCUACACUGUAGGUUUGGUUCCAACCUCCUUCCUAGGGUUCUCUAGCCACUACCCAUCCCUAUGGAGCGAGAGAGAGAGAGAGACGGGUAGGAGAGACAACCUGGGACUGAGGUUUGGUUUGGUUCCUGGUUUUCUUUGCCCCUUUUAGUCAACUCUCAAUAAGACGGACAUCUCUCAAAGAUGGACACUUAGUGCCAAUCCCAAUAGUGUCUGUCUUAGAGAGAGUCGACUUUGAACAUUUCAAGUUAUGUUCCUGCACUCCCAUCUUUACACUGAGACUGAAAAAAAUUCUUAGAAUCUGAAUUUGAAUUCUUUCACAAAAACGUAAACGAUCAAUUCAAGUGCAUACACUGCAUGUGGAGCAUGGGCCUAGUCCAGAGGGGGGGUCCUCUAAAGUGAUUAGGAUGAUAAACAACGCGGGGAUCAGCCGCCCCCCGUCCCAACACAAAAAAAUCCCUGGAGAUGUUUCUGUCUGUUUAACAAACAACCUUCCCAUUGCAGCCCAGGCCUUGAUGCAGGUUGUAGACAAUCAAGCCAAUGAGAAUAUCAGAGGAAAUGAUGACAGUCCAACAGAUGAGUUACUCCUGGAUAAUGGCUUAGAGGAAGAGGAGGAGGAGGAAGAAGAGCAACUACCUCUACAUGACCAUGAAGAUGCAGUGGAGCAGGAAAUAACAGAAGGCCCUGAACCUGUUGGAGAAGUUGGUGAGGAUACAACAGAAAAUGAUUUUCCUGGGGCAACAGGUAUGAUUUGGGAGUGAAGUUUUAAAGUUUGUUUUUCGUUGACAGUGCACUUACCCUAUCCAGCUAAGCACUUUACUCAAAUAAUUAUAAACAACUAAUUCAAACAGAACAUAAGCAGAUUAAAAACCCAAACUGGCAGGAGAUGACCUGUUGGCUAUUUACAAGUGCAGCCAAGGAUUUGAACUCGAGACAACCAAGAACAAAUCCAGCAAGUGGACGGAGCACGUCUUGGCCACGCUGCCUCUUAAGAAAAAGAGUUAUAAUUCUUAUGCUCUUGACUAGUACAUUGUUAAAUUAAUGAGGAUGUGUCGAACCAUUGUGUUUAACUCUAUAUACCUAUUUUAAGGUGGUUUUGAUGUGUUUACAGUGCUGUCAGUUUUAGUUAGUGGAGAAAAGAUGUCUUAUUUCAUUACUCUGUGACAUAUUACGGUGUACAUUUUGAAACAACGGUUAAGCUUUGAUGAUCUCUUCUUAACUAGCUUAGCAACCAACAUGCAGGACUACUUCUUUAGAGAAAUUUGAAGGUUAUUUUAUGUUUCCUAGGGCAGGAUUUUGUACGAGAACGCGCUGCUCCAGUUCUGCCACCUCUGCAGAUUCCGAUAACUCUGCCCCAAGACAUGGGUGACACCCCUUUGGCCACGCCCACUUCCCCUGCUCUUUCAGAUGACAGCGAUUGUCUGUUUAGAUUGGAUGUUGACAAUGUACGCUCUCUGUUGCCACAAGAUAUAACCGCCUUGCCACCUGUCCUUAAAGUUAUAAAUGGAGGUAUGGUGUGUGUAUUUGACUGUAAUGACAGCCUGCAUAGCAGGCAUCAGUUUUUUUGCGGGGUGAAGGGAGAUAACCCUAAUACGCGUGUAUACGUGAGGGCAGAAAAUGAGAGGAGCCUUCUCUCCCCUUCGUGUUUUCCUUUAGUGAGCUGUAUAAAAGCUAAUCACGUAAACUAACCGGCGCCUGCACUAAUAACAACGUUUUUUGACUUUCCUGAUACUGCAGAGAACAUUGAUAUGUUGCCUACUCAGUUAAAACUAUAACAACAUAUUCUGAUCUGACUGGCUAUUGGUGACCCCGAUUUCAGCAUAAAUAGGGCUAGAACAGUUUUAUAGGACAGUUUCACUUAAAUGGUAGCAUGGGUACCAGAGGUCUUUUUGGCCAAAGUCACCAGCGGCAGUUUUUGCGCGGGUCACCAUAAAGACUUGACCGCAGCCGGAAACCGCGCAAGUCCCUGGCAUCUAGUGUACUUAAAUGGUUUUGUUACUGAACAAUUUUGUUCUUUUUUUCCUCGGUCUUUUUUUCGCGCGCGCUCCAAUAAUGCUCUCCCUAGUCCCCUAACUUUUUUUGCUGUUUUGUUUUGUUUGUUUGUUUGUUUGUUUUUUUCGCGCGGUUUUGGUCUGUUUUUGUUUUCGAUGCGCCCGUUGCCGUCGCCGAAGGCUUUGCUUUAGGCUCUCUAUUUACUAUAAUAUAAUGUCUGCACAUAAUUGCUUUAUUGCAGAAAUAUCUAUACAAGAAAGACCUGACCCAGCAGAAGUAAUGUACCAGAUAAAAGGUGUGAAGCUUCCGUGUUUGUGCAAAUCUGAUUUGAAAAUCUAGCAAUUAUUUACAAAUAAAUUCGAAACUUAACAACCCGUCGCGUUUGAGAAAUGAACAUUUUGAAGUUCUGUGGGUACGUUCACUAGAGUUAUAGUAAUUUGACUCCAUUUCUCGUGCAACUAUUAUCAACUGGAAUCGUUACAUGUCACAGUACUCCCCAGUAUUACAAAGCUUUACAACUUAAGGUGGCUCGACUGGAUUUUUUGGAGUUGAUACCUCCCAAGUUUGAGCAUUAGCUACGUCGGCAUGAGUAAAGAUAUGGAAAAAAAGUUACCACAACUGUAUUAUAUAAAGAUGAAAAUUUCUUAUGAUCUGGGUUUUAUUGCAAUCGGAGUCGCCAUGGCAACGUAAUGACGCCAUUACGUUUUUCAUUUAUCGUUGUGUUUCUCUGUACCAGGAGUUUUUUGAAGAAAUCGCUUAAGGGAGUAUGCACCUGCCAUAAUCGCCUCCAUUAUGGCAAAGUUUGAAGAAAUUCUAUGAGAGCGUUUUCGACAUAUUUCAAAAUGCAGUUUUAAGAAUCAUCAAAGCAGUGAAAUAGCAUGCUAGCCGCACAAUUCGCUAAUAUUUUAAGAAAAUGAUAAGCUUUGGGAACGCGGCUUCAUCUCAUAAAUUUGCAUAAAAAAGAACUCUCGAUUACUUUGCGAAGAAAUAUCCGGUAUAUGCUAAUAAUUGGCUUGUCGUCACAGAUAGCAGUGAGAGCCGAAACGGUUACUUAAUUAUCUUACUCGGGUUAUAACAUCACAGAAACUCUCACAAAGAGUUGCUCUGAUGUUAUAAUGUAUCACUAACCUCUUUACCCGGUAAUUAGCAUAUCCCGGAGAUUUAACUGAGGGUCCUUUUUGAUGCAAAUUCUAUCUUUUUGCUAAAUGUGCACGUGUAUAUGAAACUUGAAAACAAUGCCAGUGAAUAAUGAGGACGCUCACUUGUAAACACAAAAUCUGGGGGGAAAAUUGGUUAUGUUUGAGUCUCUAUUUAAAUGCCUUCCCUGUUUUCAAUGUUCUUAAAACUGGCAGGGAAUAUUUCUUGACGAUUGAUCUCGGAAUUGUCGAAUUUAUAAAAAAAUUUAUCGAGCGGUUUUUGGAAAAAUGCGAAAUUUGUAGGCAUGGACCAAAUUACGUCCAAAAACUGUAUCAAAAGCAUCUGAAUGCAAGUUAAUAAAAUCCUUCUUACUCGCGAUCGCCCAGAGCAAUUCCCCUCUUUUUUUGUAUGCAGUUUUCAAUGGAAUCAAUCCACUAUGAGAUGAAGCCGCGUUCCCAAAGCUUAUCAUUUUCUUAAAAUAUUAGCGAAUUGUGCGGCUAGCAUGCGAUUUCACUGUUUUUAUGAUUGUUAAAACUGCAUGUCAAAAUAUUUCGAAAACGCUCUCAUAGAAUUUCUUCAAACUUUGCCAUAAUGGAGGCAAUUAUGGCAGGUACAUACUCCCUUAAGCGAUUUCUUCAAAAAAACUCCUGGUACAGAGAAACACAAAGAUAAAUGAAAAACGUAAUGGCGUCAUUACGUUGCCAUGGCGACUCCGAUUGCAAUAAAACCCAGAUCAUAAGAAAUUUUCAUCUUUAUAUAAUACAGUUGUGGUAACUUUUUUUCCAUAUCUUUACUCAUGCCGACGUAGUUAAGGCUCAAACUUGGGAGGUAUCCUCCUAAAAAAAAUUCAAUCGAGCCACCUUAAAUCGACAAUCAACGGCCUUGAAUUAGUUUUUUCUGCCAAAAAGUAACAUUGAUUUGCGUAAGUUAUUUUUUUUGUUUUGAAAAACGCUAACAUUUAAGUAACAAUCGAAAGAAAAACAAGAGAAAACGAAAAGAGAAGAAGAGGAACCAAAAAGUGACGUAAAUCCCCCGAAUAAAAUAAAGCAAUUGAUUGGAAUUAAGAACAGUGUAAACUGCCAUAGCAUCAUCCAAUUACUAAGACUUACAAUCUACACAUUUAUCUCUACAGGGCUUCAUGAAACAGUUGCUUUCCUUCUGAAUAAAAACCUGGUGGUCAAAGUCAGCAUAGUGAAAUGUAAGUUUGCCAGUUGACGUGUAUCGUGAUAACCGUCAAUAAACACUCAAUGACUGUUUCCGAAGGAGACAUUGAGAUUUGAGAGAAAUAAAGUUAACUGUCUCCCCUAGAGACCAUUUAUUAUAGCCCUUAAUGAAAUUUUCUACGCCUCAGGGAGUGCUCAACGUUCGCGUGUAACAUUGGACAGUUACUCUCCCACGUCAUCGAUUUUGCAAUGUGUUGGCAGCGAGAAUUUUGGCGGAAGACUGGCGGGAAACAGUUUUAUUGUUAUAUGUCAUGUGACCUUAAAGAAACCAAUGAGAGCGCGACCUGUUGAGGAAAAAAAUUUCAUGUUAUAUAACAACGUUUUUUAUUAAACUUGGUUUUUAUUUUAUUAUAUGUAAUUGUGCAUUCAAUAAAGUAAUAUGCUUGAUAUCCGGCUCAUCUAUACGGUGUUUUUAUUGUUAUUCUCUUUUUAGUGAGCUGUUGUGUGAAGCAUAAAUGUUGGUGUUUUGUGACAGAUGGAAUGGGGGCUGCCAAUCAAGAAGAAAUGGUGAAAUACGCAAGCUAGCUUUGUUUAUUGUUUAUUGUUUUGUUUGCCAAAAAUUAUACAAAUCAAAUAAAAUCUAAUUACUUAAACUCUCAUGGCGAGGAAGCCCAGGAGAAGCCACCGGGCUUAUAAGGAAUGGGCUCCCUCAGUUAGAUAAUUAGAACAAAAUAUUAUCAUAAUUACACAUGGGAAAAUCAAUGGCAGAGCUACAGUAAAUCUUAAAAUAAGUAUAUUAGAUAGUCGUACUAAUCAUAGUUCUAGGCUAAAAAAAGCGAAAUGACAAAAAGAAAAAAAAAGAACAAAACAAAUGAAAAUAAAAGAGCAAAGGAAGAAAAAAAAAAUAUAUAUAUAUAUAUAUAUAUAUAAAUUACUAUUUAAGAUAAGAGGAAUGCUUUCAGCUUACAGCAAAAGGAAGCGGUACUUGUUGCAUUUCGAAUUUCAAAACUAAGAGAGUUAAAAAAUUUAGGACCUUGGAAAUCGGACCUUGGACCUUUACAACGAAAAAGUGUGAUUCGUGAAAGACAAACGUGAUUUGGUUACAUACAGGAGUGAACCGUGAAUCGAUUGUUGUCGUGAUAACUGCAUGGGAGUUGACUUGUUUUCUUUUCGUGAAAUGUGAACCGUAAUUCUUUCUUCCUACCUGAAAAAAAUACUUAGUUAGUGCUGGAAACUUGACUACGUGUAGUACAUAAAUCUGUGUGUCAGUUCUUCCGACAUGUGUCGUUAGAUGCUGUACUUCCAAAUUCCAAUUCGACAAGGAACUCUCGGAUACGUUUAAACGGGUUCCUAGGAAAUGCAAAGUGCUUCGUGGGUAAACGAAUUACAGUCACAAGAUAAGAUUCAGUGAUUUUGUUUUGUUACCUCUGCGUAAAAAUCCCCAACGACGUAAAAUAAUUCAUGGCAUGCGUCCCGUAGGACACAAAGAUCAAUCGAUCGAUCUGAACAUGUGUAUUUGUAAAAAUAUCCCGUUCGUGUAAUUUCUGUGGCAGUUAUUUUAGCUGUUGUUUAACGAUGCAUAUUUCUUUUAGCCUUUGUUGUGCUUUAAAAUAGAAGGACUAUAUUUCAUUUAUUUAUUUUAUUCAAUAUAGAGUUUUGGAGUCUCUCUUCAGAUUAACUGUCUGGUUACAUAAAGCCCCAAGCAUUUUCAAUUUCGGACUCGUUUUUUUUUAAAAACUGGCACUCACUGGUUCUAGUCUAGGACUCAUGAUUUUUCACAAGGUGAGUCCCAGGACUCACCAUAACUAUUUGUAACAAAAUCACUGUAGAUUACGAAACAGGGUAUUAUUAUUUUUUUGGCAGGUUGUUUUGCUGGAGUGUCUUCGUAAGGAGACGAUGCUGCCUAAGGAUGUCCUCUCGCACUUUAACACAGCGUUUGCUUAUGCCAAACAAGGUAGGUACUAGUCCCCAAAGUGGUAAACCCUAAGUUGUAUUACUACCCGCUUAAAUAACAACAUCUUUAUUCAGCGCCUUUUAAUAUCAACGCUUGUGGUUCGCUGAUGUAAAGUAGGAGCCAGUCGAGUUGGGCACAGAAGGAAGUAGAUAAAUAAACGUAAACUGCAGUAAAAUGCAAUCUUAGAAGCAAUCUAUAUCGUAUCGUAUUAGACUCUACUUUUAGGUACUUUUAUUUCAUAGAUACGUAAGAUGAUAUGCUUGCGGGAGAUAGGGGGAGGGGGUGCUAAUUGGAAGCUGAGUGCCAAGCCAAUUCGAGCAUUUGCGGUAUGCGCAUAGCCAUAUUUUUACAGAAACGUAUCAGACUAAAUGACUUCAGUUAUUCCAAAUGGAUACUCGAGAGGAAGAGCAAUUAUAAUUUUUUAGCGACAACUAAGUCCUUUUAAAGUACGUAACAUUGAGGUAAUUUGUGUCUUUAAAUUUAGGUCACACGGUGUCAGAACUUGGCUACACUAUUUUUGGUCAGCCAUUUCUGGGCAGUAGUGACAAUGCAGGCUUCCUUUAUGUCAAGCCAACAUAUCAGGUACUGGCAACCCACCAACAAUAUCAAUACAUUAUCAAGAGAAAAAGGUUAUGUUGAAGACAUUUCCUCUACUAGCUAAUUCUUUGAAAAGAUGUAUGGAGAUCGUCUCUAGAAUUUGUAGUUGGAUAGAGCGAUUUUCGUAUGACCUUGAAAAAUGGUUUCGGUAAGUGUUCGUUAUUUGUUUUAUCAGCCAAUGGAUAAGAAGAUCAAAAUAUAACCUCUUCCCUUUCCUGACCAAAGAAAAACGUAAUAUGGAAAAAUCAUUGUUUGAUUGGCCAAUCGUGUUGCAGUAUGACGUCAAAGCGAGGUAUCGGUUGAUUUCUAGAAAGUUUUCGGGCAUGAAGUCUUUUCACCCGAGCGUUCGCUUAACCAACCAAAAGCCACGCGCGUUUGUAUCCGUUCGAUAAACCAAUCAAAUCGCCGUAUUUCCGUUCGCUUGUUGUUUUUGUUUUGUUCGCGCGUUUUCAUUUCAAGGUCAUACGAAAAUCGCUCUAUUGGAGCUUAAAGGAGCUAGGAACUGCCACCUAUUUGAGUGAAACGUAAAAAAUAACCACUCAAAACAUAAAAAGAAGUUAUUAAUAACACAGCAAAUAUAAAAGAAAGCACUGAUGGACAAACCUUAAGAAGACGGAUUGCAAUGGUGGUUUUUGAAAACUUGUUAGCCUAACGGUUUUUUAAGGUUCAUUUUUGUUGCUUGAAUCGUUUGAAAUAAUGCGUCGAAGACUUAUUUGUUUUACAUGAAGUUGUGAUUUUAUCAUUCACAAGUAAUAUCAUAAGUUCUAAAGCGAAUAAGAACGCAUAAAACUUGGUAACCUCAUGAUAAAACAAUUAUUGAACUCGGUUAUCGCGAAAUAUCGUGAAAUGUCAGUGUCUCGCAGAUCAAUUAUUUGCCUAUUCGGCUUCGGCAAAUAACUGAUCUGUUCGCCACUGACAAAUCAUGAAAUUUUGCUCAACCGCGUCCAAUAAUUAUUAAUUACUAAUAAUAACCAAAGAUUAGGGAGUGUGGGCGACAGCAAUCGAAGGUCCAAACGCUAUUGUUCCAACGUUGCGCUUUGCUUAAGUUUCAGUUGACAGAUAGUCAAAACGCGCGCAGAUCAGAUUACGAUGGGUAGAAGGUCGAAACGCGCGUGGUCAAAUUGCGUUUGGUGGAUUCCAUUCAUUCGCAGUGGAAGUCCAAACGAGUGCUGGCUACACACGUGCGACGCAUGCGUAACAACAACCUGCAGAUUAGCAUUGCGGGCUCCUCUUGUCGCCCGCAAGAAACAAAAUAAACUAACUAGAUGGCCAUGGGGCAGCUCCUUUAGAGAAUUAAACUAUAUUGCAGCUAACAUAAAAUUCCUUUUGUCAUUUCCCCAGUGUCUUAAAAAGCUUCCAUUACCGUCUACACCUUACGUGGUAGGGAUUUUGAUUAAACGUCAGGAGACACCGUGGGCUCAACUCUUUCCUUUGAGGCUUCAACUUCGACUUGGAGCUGAGUACAGAUGUAUGUACCAUUCUGUUUAGUUAUGAUCUUUUCAGUUUUCUGCCAGUCCAAAUCAUAGCCCGUAUAAUAGUCUGCGUGAAAGUCCGCACGAUAGCCUUCGUGAUAGCCUGUGUGAUAGUGUGCGUGAUGGCCUUCGUGAUAGCCUGCUUAAUAGCCUGUGUAAUAGUCUGUAAGAUAAUCCUUUGUGGAAGCCCGCGUGAUAGCCUGCGUAAAAGUCUGCGUAACAGUCUGCGUGAUUGCCUGCGUGAUAAUCCUCUGUGGAAGCCGCAUGAUAGCCUGCAUAGUAAUCUGCAUGAUAGCCCCCGUGAGAGCCUGAGUAAUGCUGACUCUUCGUGAUAGGCUUCGUUUGAAGGGCGCAUUUGUUUUGAGCGCUAGCCCUUCUCCAGAGCGAAUUAACCAAUUUUCCUGACUUGCCCAUCGUGUUACGAUGUCCCUACUAACAGCGUCUAAACCGCACACAACCCACCAUCAUGCCUUGAACGGCAUUAGCUCGUCUUUGCAGAGUACAAGACUGGUUACAUAAUGUUACAUAAUACAGUGUGAACGUUUAGUUGUCAUUUUGUUUGCAGAUUACCCGUGUCCACUCUUCAGCUCGCGAACCAGACCAUCUGUCUACGGUGAAGUGGGCCACACAAUCAUGAAUCUGUUAGCAGUAUGUAUAUAUCCAACCUGUUGGGUCAAAAUAAACGCUGUCACGGAAUCCAGCUUUCUAUCAUUUAAUUCCCAAGCUAAAUCAAGAUCACCCCCCCCCCCCCCCCCCCCCCCCCCAAUUCCCCCCCCCCCCCCCCCCUCCCCUUUGAAACCCCCCUAUUCCCGGCCCCAACUUCCCCCUUAAAAAAAAAAUUUUUUUAAAACAAAAAGAUUAUAACAAAAAAAGACUUUUUUUUCCAAUAACAAAAUUUUCGAAUAGUUUACCCGAACCAGACCACCUGUCUACGGGCAAGGGGGCCCCAAAAUCAUGAAUCUGUUAGCAGAAUGUAUAUAUCCAACCGUUUGGGGCAAAAUAAACGCUGUCCCGGAAUCCAGCUUUCUAUCAUUUAAUUCCCAAGCUAAAUCAAGAUCCCCCCCCCCCCCCCUUCCCUACCCCAAUUCUCCUCUCCCGGGCCCUACUUCCUUAGGAAGCCCUGAUAUUCAGGUCCCAAAUUCCUCGUUAAGAAAUAACGUUUUAUCAAUCAUGAAGGUUAUGAGAAUACAAGGGCUUUAUUCACAAGAUCAGAUGUCUUGAUAGGUUUCUUAUGCCUGCCUACUUCUUUUUCAUUUUCCAAAUUUGUUGGAGGUAUAAGAUAGAUGAAUACAUGCGGGACACCUAUUAGGCCUGCUUGUUCGUAUUUUGCCUGCUUCGUACGACAGAAAACCCUGCUAUAGAAAAUGAACCCUGCUUUCUAUACAAGCCUGUUGAGUUUCAACGUCUCAACAAGAACCAUUAUGGCUCUUAGUCCCGCAAGUCACUAUCUAACCAAUUGUCAUUCAUAGAAUAGAGUAGUACACUUCUGCAAACAGUUAUAAGAACUGCAAGUUAUAAACAUUGCUAAAAGCAACUCUUGAAUGACGAAUACACCUCUUUAGCCUAGACAUAGCCACACCCUCCCCCCGACAAAGGAAAAACGGAGAGAGGAAGCUCUCUCUCUCCGUUUUUCCGUUGUCGGGGGGAGGGUGCGGCUACACGUAGGCUAACACCUCUUCUUCAGAAGGUUAGCUUAAGAGUUAUACGUUCACCGACUAUUAUAUGUCCACAGGAUUUCAAAAAUUUCCAGUAUACUUUAGCCAGAGUGACAGGCCUUGUGAUUCACAUGGAGGAGAAAAGGACCUUAGUUAGACUGCCUCAAGACAGAUACGAUGAGGUACAGAGUAUCAUUAAUUUGAUGUUGGGCGGUAUCUAAUGAGUAUAAUUUUGUAGCACUUGCGUGAGUCUAUCCCAUUUUGUCGUAACUUACCUUGAGUCCUCGAGCCCAUCUUAUUUCGACACAAGUAACUGGUAAAUUUACUGCUCUUUGAGUUGCCGGACUUUAAAAACCAUUUCGUAACUUGAAAAACGCGAUCACACUUCAUUUCUGGUUUCUCACCAACGUUAUUUACCGUAAUUUUUAAUCGAGUACUUCAUUUCAGAUUGCUUCCGCAUCCCCCUUUGCCUCUAAUAAUUGUGUGCAACUUCAUUUUCAAAUCGCUCCGGGUAUUCCUCAAAACUACACUCUAGAAUAAACCCUGAGUUCUAUUCACAGAACGCUCUCACCGCACUGUAAAUGUGUAUUUAUAUUAGGUUGUAAAGAUUCUGAAUGCUUCGGAUGAACACGUUAUGGCUUUGGGUGCUAACUUCAGCCUACAGGCGGACUCACACCUGGUGUGUAUACAGAGCGAACAAGGCUACAAAACUCAAGCCAUAAACAUACAGAAUCAACCCAGGAAAGGUGCAGUAUUUUUAUCUUGUAUCUUACAGGUGGACUAGCUUCUACAUUAAGUAUCGCUCAAAACUAAAUAACAUGUGGAGUCUGGUCGUCUCUCGCGCCACUUACCUUGCCUCUUCGCGCUCCUUUACGCAUAAGGCCUCCACACCUUGCCUGCUAUCUUGAAAAGUGUUUCUGGUUUCAGUAAUGAUAUAUAUUUUUUUACGGGAAUGGGAGAUUAGCCCAGCACCCAACCCCUAACCUGGAGGACCAAGCGUUGCAAUACGUCAUGGUCCCAACUGGUAUAGCUUCGAGGGUCAUCAAGGCACACAAAUCUCCCUACCACGUUAUUAAAAGGUGCAACAAUGACACUCAUGGAGGUUUUCUGUGAUGUUAACAUGUUUUGUAUCUUAAUUUAGUGACUGGAGCAAGCUUUAUUGUCUUUAGUGGUGCUGUGAAGUCAAGUAGUCCAUUUAUGGCCAAAGUUAGCAUUGUCGAAGGUUUGUCACCUGUUGUUUGUCGUCUAUAAUGAUUUUCUUGUCUGUCCAAGUUGGACAUGGUUGUUUUGGAAGUUGCUUUAAGAGCCAAAUUGUCGUCUCCAAUGCCCAAGCGCUUCAGCGGUGGAACACCGUUGAACACUGUUGUUGCAGACUCGGUACUCACCUAGUCCAUUUCUAGCCCUUCUCAGAUGUUAAGAACUCUCUCCUCUGGCGUUGCGUGACAGAAAGAGGGUGACCGUAUUACCGAGGUGGCCGUAAGGCGAGGUUCCAUUGUAUGAAUUUGACUGUUUAUUAUGCGUGUGCGUUAUGCAGGGUUUCACUGCAUCGGGUGUUAGAGUACUGCAACUAAAAUAAAACGUCUCAGGUUGAGUGUCCUUUUCUUGUAGAUGGAAUUAUGGUGCAAAUGCUGCCUGAAGCGAUCACCAAGUUAAGAAGUUCCCUUAAGGAGAUGAAGGACUAUACCAUCACCACAGGAAUCCCCGGUGGGGGAGGGGAGGAGGAAGUUAUUGUAGAGUGGGUCAGUCGAAAGGAUGCUCCGCGCCAAUCCAGGUAUAGAACUCGUGUUUACAGUGAACUCUGCCUGUGAUGGGGACCCUGUGGCCAUUAGCACUUGGGCCUUUGGUGUCCAAUACUGCACGGACAAUCUAACGUACGGGCAAUCGUCAAUUAGACAAGACUAAUUUCGUACGAAUGGGCUUUCAUUCAGAAAAAUAUUGUGCGAACUAAGUGAUUUGCACAGAAACGAAUAAAUCUUUUUUUUACUUAAGAUUAAUGCCGUACUUAGUCGUCUCGAAUUGGUGUAAAAAAUAUAUACAAGGCAAGACUACCACUUCAAAUAUUCGGCGACAAAGGCGAAGUGUACGUGUUAACAGUGAGAACUAAUUUACUGAGCCGAACAAGCUAACGUACGUAGUAUAAAAUGUAAGUAAGACUAAAACUAAUAGCGUAUGAACUGAACAACAGAGAAACGUUCUUAAUAAAGACUUACACGUACGAACUGGCGUAUUGAAGAGAGUGAACAAGACAAGAAGAAAGUAUAUAAGGGAAGGCUAGCUUAAGUCUAUGCAUGAAGAAACGUCAAGAUAACAAGGCUGGUACCGUACUAACGAAAUCCAUAUGAAAAGAUGCAAAGGCGACGCAGCUGAUUCAGUGCCGGAACGAACUAACGCACGAACCUGGUUUUCGAACGAACUGAUGUACGGACAAAAUACAAACAAAAAAGACUAGUGCUGUACGGACGACUGAACGACGUACGAAGAAAGUGUAUGUGUGUGUGUUGGGUGGAUCCGCGCCCAGAACAGGGUCCCCGCAAAGAACCAAGACAACGAGGGGGUCGGGCUAUGGGUGGGGGGGAGCGGGAGGGGGGACGGGGUGUGUGGCGGGGCGCGGGGGGGGGGGGGGGGGCACGGGGGGAAAACGGGCGGGAACCUGGGAGAAUAGAGAGCCAAAAGCGUACGGAAGGCGGACGAGGAAAAGAGCGGGGAUUUACUCAACGAUUCUGAAAUAAAUAUUUCAGUAGCAAUCGAGAAAGAAAUAAAAAGAGAAGGGGAAGAAAAGAAGGGGCAGAAGACGGGGACGCAAGGUACGGGAGGUGGAGAGGUUUGGAUCCCCUGAGCCCCGACACAAAAAACGGUGAAAACUAAGAAGACGCUCCUAAAGAGCGUUUUGACUUACGGAGAAGCUUUUUAAGAAGGGAAGGGCAAGUGCGUUGCCAACCAUCUAAAUUACAGAGCCAAAAUACUGACACGACAAGACUAAUAGUUAUACCACGCGAACAAGCAAUCGUGCGAAGUAUAGCACGUAAGCAAGACUUAAACUAAUACCUUACGAACUGGAGAAAAAACAAAACUAUCUUAAGAAGGGACUUGCACUCUACGAACAAACUGGCAUGCUGAGGAGCGAAUAGGGCAAGACAAAUACCGUUCAAACAAACUUUGAUACGUCGAGACGAAGGAAACGAGACACGUAGAGUCAUAACGCAGUAGAUUACUUUCUUCGCUUUUUAGUCAAGUUGCUUUCCAAUACUGCAUGGAGACAGUUCGUGGUUUGCUUGCCGUCUGGUACUGUCGUGGGUUACAAUUUCAACGUAAACCAAGAUGAUUAGUACCAGGUUCUGAUCCACUAGCCAGAGAGGAGUUCGGCCAAAAGGGGUCGAAAGAGAACACAGAAAACGGCAGGAACCAAGUCUAGGUGUCCGUUUCAGGGCGACCCCUUUCUUGUUGAAGUUCGUUCUUAACUCAUAGCCCUAAUAUCGGUAUCUAAUAUCGGUAGUGGGGAGAAGUUGUUGAAGUAUCAUUUAGAUUCAUCGUCUGUGAUCAUGCACUCAAUUCUCAUGACCACUCUGUUUAGUAAAGCAUCGAUAUUACAAGGAGAAAUUUCAUGCUGAUCACUGCCAGGGCCGGGAUAAAAGGGAGUUGACUAUUUAUCUUUUUUUUUUGUUGUUGAAAAUUUUAAACAGCUUGUGCAGCCCGGUAGAUGGUCUUCAACUGGACGGUUUCCCCAGUGUGAAAGUUCAUAGUGGCUAUGAUUUCACUCGCAAGAAUGCCUACAGGAUUCAGUGGAUGGAGAUGUAUUUCUUAGGUGAAGGUCAACAAAGUGCUUCCCGGGAUUUGAAUAAAUUGACUGCAGAGGUAGCAAAGGCUUUUGCACGAACACUCAUGCCGCACCUACAAAAGCUGAGUUCUGACAACUGCACAUUUCUUGGCUUGCGAGUCAGUUUGGAUAGUGAAAAUGUAAGUUCUUAUCAAAGUGUAGACUACGAGUUGUCCCCCAUUUUCCUCAGGGAGAGUAGAGCAAGCGAAACGCGAGCGCGCGUGAAAUCACCCCACGCGAGAAAAGGCGACACGCCGCGUGUCGCCUUUUCUCGCGUGGGGUGAUUUUCACGCACGCUCGCGUUUCGCCCGCUCUACUAUCCAUGAGGAAAAAUGGGGGACUACUCGUAGUCUAAUCAAAGUGUUACUACAAAAAACGUUAGUUGUACUUCCCUUCGGUUUAUGGUAAACUCUUUUUGGAUAAAACCAUAGUUUUCUAGAGAAGAGUUUUACUCCGUUGACCCCGUAUGAUAUACUACAUGUGUGCAAGAACAAAAGCGUUCAUUUAUAAAUUCGAAUUCAUAUUCCAACAGAAACUGUAGACGAAUAACCCCGUGUACAUUUGCUACCUUUAAACCAUUGUUUAUUGCGGGCGACCAGAGGAGCCUGCAAUCCUACAGGUAGCUAUGGCGCAUGGGGGGGGCACGUAAGUAGCCAGCAUUCGUUUGGACGUCCACUAAGAGAGAAUGAGUGGAACGCAAUCUGAUCACUCGCCUUUGGACCUUUUAUAACACGCAGGGCUGUUCUCUAUCAGAGCCUGGUAGCCCUGGCGUCCAACUUUUGCUCACGGGCGACUAGAAAAUUGUAGUUUUUUCAUGCAAAUCAUAUGCUGGGCACCCUGAAUUUUACGGGUUCAUAGCGCUGAAUUCCCUUCUACAGUGGAACCUCAAUAUAACGAACCUUUAUAGAAGUCCUCGGUAUGACGAACGACUUUCUUUACUUCAGUAAUAGUAAAAUAUACGAAAAAGAACCUCGAUAUAACGAAAACACGGUAUAGCGAACAAAUUUUGCCAGUCCCUUGGCCCUUCGUUAUAUCGAGGUUCCACUGUAUUUUCCUCAGGGCACAGCCUUUCACUCGUUCUCUUAUCAAAAGCGUUUUGACUUUCUAUCAAGUGGAACUAACGCAAAGCAAAAAGUUGGAGCACUUCAAACUCAAUAGGUACCUCACUAAAUGUAGAAGGUUUCUCGAUAAAACAUUCGCUCAUAAAUUGGUCUCUCUUAAAGUUUAUGGAUAAACCUGUUCAAAAAUGUAUCCUCGGUAUCGUUACCAUGACUCUACCACGAUCGGUGUGUGCCUUCCUUUAAAAACUUACCGCGGAACUAGAAGUCACUUAUCAUGCUUGCGACGCCUGAGGUUCCACUGACGAUGGCUAGAUGACCGUGAUCUUCUACUGCUCUGCUUUAGUCAGCUGACCAAUUUCACGCAAACUCUUAUAUCUCGCGCAUGCGCUGUAUACGCCGGAGGGCGUUGUGCCAGGAAAAAAAACGUUCCUGUUUUUAACUCGGGCGUUCCUAUGGAAGCCCGAUUAACAAACAAUGAGGAAGGCGCGUAAAUUCAGUAGGGACUGUUUCCGUCGGGUUCAGUCACAUAAGGCUGAUCUAGCAACAGAUCGGGAACAUCAGUUGACGACAGCGCGCGCAAAUCAAUCAACUGGCUUGAUCAAUGGCAAAGCGGCAAAUUGGGCACCGGAAGUCGAGUUUAGUCCUUUCCGCGCGCUUUCCCGUCGUCAAAUGACGUUCCCUGUUGCUAAAUCAGCUGUCAACUGGUUAUUGAGAUCUAGAACAACACGAAUACCUUCUUGUUUGUGUUUAUGCAGGUUGGCUUUUUAACUGGGAGUAACCAGCGAAGCUUGCCUGCCAGUAUCUUGUCUGAUCUGGAUGACGUACUAGUUCCUGUUCUUCAUGCAGCCGCCAGCCAUCACAGAGGCUCUGCUAUAAAUGUUGAACUACUUUUUAAAAUUCUGCGGCUUCUAUGA